GCGGAAGCCUCGGCUCAGCACGCUCGUUGGACAGCGCUUCCUGCCAGUAGUCAUGGCGCAGGCGCUUCUCGACGGAGCGGCGGCGGCGGGAGCCAGUCAGCCGGCGCCGGCGUUGCAGGCCAGGCCCGGGGCGCGCCCCGGAGGCGUCCAGCGAGCGAUGGCCCAGUUGCUUGUGGCACACGACAGGGCGAUCGCCGAGCUCGCGGAUCGGUCCACGAUCGCUGUAGUGCUCAAAGACCCAGCAGUCAAAGACCAGGUGGUGAAGCAGCGGAAGGAGUGGCGGGAUGCCAAGCCGUCGGACGGGUCUCCACAUCCCGCCGGGUGCUCGCAGCGUGUGAUCCUCUUCGCGCGCAUGGUGGUCACGAUGAAGGACACCUACAAGCAGAAGGGGGACGGCAGCCAGCACGACGCGAGGGUGAAGACCGCUCUCGACUACCUCAACAACAUGGACGGCCCGGCCAUCGAGCGGUCAGUCUUCCGCCUCAAGCCCAAGCACCUGGACCCGCACGCGGACCCGACACGCCCGUGGGUGUGGUACCUCGUGGUGGCCAUGGCAGCGCCGCAGGAGUUUCGUGAUGCCCUCGUCAUCGCGGCAGCGUAUGAGACCAAGUACGACAACCUCACCGUGGCUCCGGCCAAGACUGAGGACGGCCCGCUCGUGAAGUACUUGGUUGAUUGGCUUGCCGGGAAGAACGGAGACGGCGAUGACGAGCUCCCUGGGCGCAAGCACCGCCGGACGGAGGGGGGCCGAGGUGGCGGCGGUGGCCGCGGCCGCCGCUAGCCCGGGCAUGGGCCGCGGAGCAGGCUCCCUGAUGGGCCCACGUGCCGGCGCCGCUGCCCCUCCUGGGGGCCCUCGGGCCCAGGGCGGCGGCGCCCGGCCCCCCCGGGGGCGACGGGAGCCUCGGCUCCACCGCCUCGCGGGUGCUGCACAACAGGCAGCAGGGACCAUCGGCAGCCUCAUAAUUCACGUGCAAUUUCUUCAUAGACUCCGUCUCCGGCCACGAUGAGACCCUCUGGCCGGCUCUUCCAUGAAUUCAGAGGUACGACAUAUUUUUCGACGACUUCUUUGGGGUGAGGGCCUUUAUGAUUAUCGUCAAUUUUUCUCGGUCCCAGCUGCCGGACCAAAGUUUCGAUGGUGACAGGUUGGCCCACGACAGCUCGUUCCUCGAGCAGGCGCUGCAGAGCGUGGCCGCGAAGACCUUCCAC